CUCAAAACACGUGGCACGUGAGUCUGUUAUGAAGCGCUGCAAAGCACUAGUGAUGCUGUGAUCAUCAAUCAAAAAUAAGUGACCAGAAAUUAGUGAAGAUGUGUGUCAAUAAGAACUCUCAAAGUGUCAUUUUAUGACACAUUGUGGUGAACUAGUUAAUUAGAGCAAUUAAGAGUGAAUCAUGUCAAAAACGAGGGACCCCGCGGCUAAAGAGCGUUUGAAAAUUCAGGAUCGUGCUUUGAUUUAUCUCCAAGGAGAAAAUUGGCUCUACGACGACCGUCACUCAGUUUUUUCUUAUGACACGCCAGGAUUAAAUUUGAAUAAAAAUCCGUGGAUCGAGGAAUGGAAUGUGGAAACUGCGAGGAGCCUUUAUCAGCCAUUCCCAUGGCACUGUGAUUAUCCGAAGCCUCUGUUGCCUCCUGCUAGAUUGUCCAGGGGUGUUCUCUGUCAAGAUGAUCCUGGACUAGAUUUCCUCUGGAAAAAGACUUACAUUGCGGAGGAUGUAGAACACAUGGGCAGAUACUUCAAGCGUAAAUUGAAAAAUUUGGAUUUGAGCGUGAAAGAUAUAGAAUUCAAAACUGCAGGAUCGAUAUCUACAACGGCUCUACCCAGAUUCGUAGCAGAUCUAUCAGAACUGAUGGGCAUGGAUCCAGACCCUGAGUUCAAGGGGAAAUAUAAUUACUAUUUCAGUGGAGGGUCUCUCACCAACAUCAAGAUGAAUAACGAGAAUAUUCUGGUAUUCCCAUACAUGGAGGAGCUGAUAGCUGCACCUCUGGUCUACCGAGAGACCUCCGUCUGGAAACCGAAUCUCAAGAGAGCAGCCAAAUGUGAGCUUGAGGCGCAGGUGUUCGAGUUGAAACAAGCUGCCUCUGACUGUGGCUAUCAGGUGAUGGCGAGGAUUAAAAAUUCGUGUGAAUUCUUCACUGUCACUCAGAAAGGAGACAAGUUGAGGUUGAUGAGCAAGCACAAGUAUAAAUGCUCAGUUCCACUCAUAUCCGCAGAUAUGAAUCCAUUCGAUCUCAAACAGUUUUGCACUGUUAAUAUUAAGGGCACUAUAGCACUUCGUGAUUUGGAGACAACGAAGAAGAUGUUGAGGGCUGGAUUGACGAGAACAACGAUGGAGGAUAAAUGGAGAAGUAUUAAAUUCCAAAAGUGGAAGCCUCAUAUUGUCACCCUGGCUGACAGAUCAUCUAUCCAUUACCUGGACGUGAGGUACUCCAUGAACAAGCCUGUGCUCACCAUGCAUCCAAAGCCCUACAUGAACGAUCACGAGUGGAUAUCCCUGGAAAUACCCAGUAAUAACGAGGCAUGCCACUACAUUGGUACUUACCAGAGCCUAUUAAUGCUUGACAGUAGACAUCCAGAGGGCCCUGUUCGGCAGAAAUGGACCCAUCAGCUCCAAAGUGCGCCAAUAACAGCCAAUAUUCUCUCCCACAGUGGCAGGGAGGUCGUUACAUUAGCAACACAACUCCCUGGUGACGUAAAAAUAAUAUUAAAUACCUGGGAAGAUUCUGACGAGCCCCACAGCUUUCACCUGCCCUACGCGCCACCAAGUGUACUCGAUACAUUGAGAGAGUGUCAUCUAUUAGGGAAGUGCCUGGAUCCAUUGAUGAGGACGAGACUGAAGCUGUCCACUGCUGGGUCGCAAUUGAUUCAGGACGAGUCUCAGAAUAUUUACCUUUUCACGCAAAAUUCCAUCGGUGAUAUUUUCUACCAAGGUCUCAAUUACGAAGAAGUGUUGGAUAAGAAUUCUUACGUGAAUACAAAUGCUUAUUAUGCGUUGGAGGUCUGGGAGAAAAGAAUGUUGGCGCAGAAUUUUGUAGCACCUCUGGUUCUCUCCGAUCAAUCGAACAUGGGAGAAGUAUUCCAAGCAUUCACGAAUAAAGACCUGAAGUACCAGGAGCCAGUGAGGAAGAUCUGGAAGGAUAGGGAAAGAUCACCUCGUCGUAAACGACGUAGAGAAGUGAAGAAGAAAAGCAAAACUAAGGAAGAGGAAGAGCCGGCACCCAGUUGGAAGCAUUCGAUAAGGCGAUUGAGUCAAUACACUGACCGACUUGCACCUGCACUCCUAGAAAUUUGGGAGGUUACUGGGCAGAAGGAUCGAGGGCCUCAGGCUGGCUCCACCGAGAAGGUGCUCAGUUGGCUGCAGUACUCAGAAGAUGGAGUUCAAGAGCCUCCAUUGAGCCAAGGGACCUUAAGAGAGGAGGAUGAUGACUGUGUGUUGACUCCAGUGUUCAGUCAAGAGCUGAUCAGUGUGUCGCAGCAGCAGGAGCCUCGAGAUUAUUUUGAAGAUGCUGAUGUGAAGAUUGAGCAUCCAGGGGUUAUCGAGGAUGGGUUCACACAUGAAGAUUAUCUACCUCUUGAGAGACCCAAACGAACAGAGGGGGUUAACAAACGAAAGGAGACGAAGAGAAGAAACAAUUUCACUGUUGGGUUUUAGUUAAUUGUUUAUUUGUUAUGAAUUCAUGUCAGCGGUCUCCGUCGACAUGUUUUCUUGCGAAUUGAAAGUAUUAAAAUUUUUUCAUUAAUUUUAAUGAAAUGGUCAGAAUGCGACUGUUUGAAAAUACGAGUUUCAAGAAAAAGAAGAGGAACAAUUUUAGUUGAUUGCUAAUACUAUUUUCUGCUGCUGUUCUUCAUGAAUUGAUGGCAGUAGCCUCCAUCAAUAUUUUCUUGAUGAGUUCACUUCAUUGAAUUACAUGUUGUAAAUAAGAAAUGAAAAUAUCCGCAUCUCUCAACUGAUUUUUAAUAAAAUGUUUCGAGUACGAUUUUUAUAAACACAAGAUUGAAUUUGUCACGAUUCGGGUAUUAAAUAUAUAAUUCAUCGAAAUUAGUACCUAAUGAGAACGCAAGAAUGAGGGAGACCAUCGUGACGUGAGGGCCUUAGUGCUCUCCAAUUGGGCUUUGUGACUCUCAUCCUCCUGCAUCUGCUGCAAUAACUUGCGCUGGUUCUCCCUGAAUGCAGCGAGGGGAUCAUCGAAUUGUCUGUAGUAGUUUAGCACCUCUCUGACGUCAUCGACGUUUGUGGCAUGUAUUGUUUUUAAGAAUGCUGCUAAAUCGUAGAGUGUCGUGUCGUCGUCGUUGCCACUCCAUCUGGGGAUUUUCAAGGCAUUCUCUGGGUGGAGUUUUAUGCUGUUGGAAUUCCAGUCUAUGACGAUUACUUUACUGAGAUCACGGUUGAGGGCAUCUAGGUCUUUUACGUGAUGACCGUCUAUAAAUCUUGUGGCAUCACGAACUAGUCUGUACAUUAUGUAGCCUUGGGGGUCCAGUGAAUCCAAGAUGGGAAAGACAGUCUGUGGAAUUAGUAAAAUAAAAGGCGAAUUAACGAAUUGUUCUGAUAAUUGGGGGUUGUAAAUGUG